GAUAAGUGACACCUCAGCAACCAGUGGGGGGAAGAAGGAAAAGCCUGUAGACAACCGCAACAAAAGACUUGUACUUUAGCUUUAGGAGUUGUACAAAUGUGGAAAGCAACUAACUUUGAGUGCAAACCAACUUUUUUACAUCAUUAUAACUUAUAAGCACACACAGAAAAAACCCUCAACACUUUUUGAGUUUCACAUUCAGACAAUGGCUUCAAAGGCUUGCUGUACCUUAUUCUUGAUCAUCAUCUUUCCGGUGCUAGCAAACUCCGUCGAUUUCAAUUUUCCCGCCGUUUUCAAUUUCGGCGACUCGAAUUCCGACACGGGAGACCUAGUUGUAUCGGGCCUCGGUGAACCCCUCGACCCGCCUAACGGGCUGACCUACUUCAAGAAACCUUCCGGGAGAUUCUGCGAUGGCCGCCUAAUCAUCGAUUUUCUAAUGGAUGCAAUGGAUUUGCCUUUUCUGAAUGCAUAUUUGGAUUCAGUAGCUGCACCGAUCUUCAAGAAAGGCUGUAAUUUUGCAGCAGCGGGUUCGACUGUACUACCGGCUACUGCUUCAUCUGUUAGCCCGUUUUCAUUUGGGAUUCAAGUUGCACAAUUUCUCAGAUUCAAGGCAAAAGUUCAAGAUAUCCAGGCUAAAUCAAGGAAAUUCGACAACUACAUACCAGCUCAAGAUUAUUUCCAAAAGGGUCUCUACAUGUUCGACAUCGGCCAGAAUGACCUAGCCGGUGCCUUCUAUUCCAAGACGUUCGAUCAAAUUCUCGCUUCGAUCCCAACAAUUCUACUACAAUUCGAAGAUGGUAUUGGGAAAUUAUACGAUCAAGGGGCGAGAAAUUUUUGGAUUCACAACACGGGCCCACUCGGUUGCUUACCUCAAAACUUAGCGAAAUUCGGAAGUGAUGCAUCGAAGCUAGACGAGUUUGGAUGUGUGGGCCUACACAACCAAGCUUCGAGACUACUUAAUCUGCAACUUCAUGCACUCUGUAAAAAAUUGCAAGGACAAUAUGCAGAUGCUAAUGUCACUUACGUUGACAUUUUCACAAUCAAGUCCAAUCUCUUAGCAAACUAUUCUCGAUACGGAUUUGAGCAGCCAUUGAUGGCCUGCUGUGGUUAUGGAGGUCCACCGUUGAAUUACGACAGUCGGAUUUCGUGUGGUCAAACUAAGGUUGUGAACGGAAGUACGGUCACGGUCAAAGGUUGCGACGACAGCACAGAAUACGUGAACUGGGAUGGGAUUCACUACACCGAAGCUGCAAAUCAGUACGUUGCGUCGCAGAUUCUCACGGGAAAAUACUCCGAUCCGCCGUUUGCAGACAAGAUGCCCUUUCUUCUAAAACUAAAAUUCUAAAGACACUUAUCAUUCUUUUGAAUCUCUAAUAUUUGUUUAUAUAUAAUUAAUUAAUCAUACAAUAUUUUCCAUAUGAA